AAAAUCAUCUCAGCUAUCACCAUCUGACUGUGAAUCUCACUGCAAUCAUGCUGGCUUCAGGGGUGCUUCUGGUGACUCUGGUGGCCUGCCUGAGUAUAAUGGCCUUGAUGUCUGUCUGGAAACAGAGGAAGUUCUGGGGGAAGCUGCCUCCUGGACCCAUCCCACUGCCCUUCAUUGGGAACUACCUGCAGCUGAACACAAAGAAGAUGUACAUCUGCCUUAUGAAGAUGAGCAAGAAGUAUGGCCCAGUGUUCACCAUCUACCUGGGGCUUCGCCGGGUGGUUGUGCUGUGUGGAUAUGACAUAAUAAAGGAGGCUCUGGUGGAUCAGGCUGAAGAUUUUAGUGGGAGAGGCGAGCAGGUCACCUUCAACAGGCUCUUCCAAGGCUAUGGCGUGACAUUCAGCAACGGGGAGAGAUCCAAGCAACUUCGACGUUUCUCCAUUGCUACCCUGAGAGACUUCGGUGUGGGUAAACGUAGCGUUGAAGAGCGAAUUAAGGAAGAAGCAGGAUACUUGGUCCAGGCCUUUCAGGCCACACGUGGGGCUUUCAUCGAUCCCACCUUCUACCUGAGCAAAUCAGUCUCCAAUAUCAUUAAUUCCAUUGUCUUUGGAGACCGCUUUGACUAUGAAGACAAUGAGUUCCUUUCACUGCUACAAAUGACAACAGUAGUCAAGAAAUUUAUAGCUUCACCUCUGGGACAGCUCUAUGAGAUAUUUUAUUCAGUGAUGAAAUACUUGCCAGGACCACAGCAAAAGGCCUUUCAGGGCAUGCAGCAGUUGGAGAAUUAUAUGAUCAAGAAGGUGGAGCAGAACCAGCGCACACUGGAUCCCAAUGCCCCACGGGACUUCAUUGAUUCCUUUCUUAUUCGCAUACAGCAGGAGAAGAAGAAUCCCAACACAGAGUUCCACAUGAAGAACCUGGUGAUGACCAUACUGAGCCUAUUCUUUGCAGGCACAGAGACCGUCAGCUCAACUCUGCGAUUUGGCCUCCUGUUGUUCGCGAAGCACCCGGAUGUGGAGGCCAAGGUCCGUGAGGAGAUUGACCGAGUGAUUGGAAGGAACCGACAACCCCAGUUUGAGGACCGAAUGAAGAUGCCCUACACAGAGGCAGUGAUACAUGAAAUCCAAAGAUUUGCAAACUUUGCCCCCAUGGGUAUACCUCGCAGGAUCACCAAGGACACUACACUUCGUGACUUCUUUAUUCCCAAGGGCACUGAAGUGUUCCCUAUGCUGGGUUCUGUGCUGACAGAUUGCAAUUUCUUCUCCAACCCAGAAGAGUUCAACCCACAGCACUUCCUAGAUGAGAAGGGCCAGUUUAAAAAGAGUGAUGGCUUUAUACCCUUUUCCAUUGGAAAGCGGAACUGUUUUGGGGAAGGCCUGACUAGAAUGGAGCUCUUUCUCUUCUUCACCAUCAUCAUACAGAACUUUAGGUUCAAAUCCUCACCAGCACCUGAGGAUAUAUAUGUGGCCCCCAAACCUUUGGGCUUUACCAGGAUGACACCAGAUUACACCAUGAGUUUCCUGCCCCGCUGAUCCAGGAAUAAUCCAGGGCUAGGCAAGUUGAUGGGGCAAGGAAAAAUGGAAGGUACCAUCAGUGGGUACAGUGGUAUGGGUAUGACCAAAGAUGACCAAAAUUCCAUGGAAAUGAAAGGUUGAGAGGGACAGGGCAAAGAAAAGAAACAGAACAGACUUCUCCCUUUGCUAAAGGUAAAGUCUUCAAAGUCAGACAAGAGAAAUGAAAAUCAUACAUUGUGCUAUGUAUAAUGAUAAGUAUUAUGAUUAUAUUCAUUGAGCACUAUUCUGUGUUUGAUAUGUAGUAUAAGCAUCCCAUGAUGUUCUCAUUUAUUGUCAUUAAACCCACCCAAGGAGGAGCAGUGUUCAUGUGAAUUUUGCAGGUGAAAUUUCUGAGAAUUAGAAAGUUUAAGUCAGUUACUGAAGUCCCAAGGAACGUGAGUGACCAGAAAAAACAUAUCUGUACAGAUCCUUUGGAAACACUUCUAGAAAACCUCCCAAAAGAUCCCUCUCUGAGGGAUCUUCUAGAGUCCUGGCAGGCAAUUACCCUAGCUUCACAACUGACUUAUCAACACUGUUGCUCAUUGAUGCACUGCUUGCACACCAAAAGCGUCAUAUUCUGUGAACCCCACCAAGUAAGGCCACUGUGUUUGACUCAAAGUCAGGCUGUGACACAAGAAUUAGUAUUUUUAGUGAUGUGUACCAGACAGAAAAAAACUUUAACAUAAGACCAGGGGAACUUUAGACCAAGACAAAGUUAUGAGAAUGUAAUGUGUCCAUGCCCAGAAUUGCACCCAAGUGUAUGACUGCAUCUUCUCAGGAAAGUCCUGAAUACCUAUGCUGCCAUAACCUUCUAAAUGAAAGUUUGCCUUAUUCUGAUAUCAAUGGUAAUACCCAUAUAAGUGUAAAGAUUUCCUGUCUUCUCUCACAUAAGUCAGUUUAAAUCCUCUUAGAAAUAAAAUUUUUGAG